GUAGUAGAAUAUUCAGGCCAGCCGAAGCGCUAUUUAGGUCUAAAUGUGAAAUCGGAAACUCGCGAGCACAGCGCGCGCUGAAAAAGGCGCGUUCAGAGUUUACUCGCGCGAAGUAGCCAAUCACGUGUGAGUACCGAAACAGCGCGGUUACGUAGUUUCACAAAGAUGGCGGCUGUAGAGGAUGAUGAACCUGUGGCUGGUCCGUCAAAAGUUGGUGCUAAGGAGAGAAUCCAGCAAGGAGCUGCUCUGAAAGCUGAAGGAAACGAGUAUUUUAAGAAAAAGGAGUAUCGGAAUGCGAUGAAGUGUUAUCAUAAAGCAUUACUGCACGUAAGAGGACUCGUUGACCAGCCGACAUUUACCGGAAUGACCGGCAUGGACUCUUUCGAAAAGGAGAUUUCGGACGAGGACAAAGAAGAGAUUUACCAAGUUCAGUUUAGUUGCUACAACAAUCUGGCUGCUUGUUUGAUGAAAGACAGUCGCUGGGAUCGGACGGAGUUUUACUGUAACGAGGCCUUAAAACUUCAACCACAAAAUGCCAAAGCCUUAUUUAGAAGAGGGCAAUCCUACUUUCACAUGAAGGAUUUUGAAAAGGCAGAAAGAGACUUAAAAGCUGCAGAGGAAUUGGAGCCAAAAGAUUCAAGUAUCAAGAAAAUGUUGGGAUUGCUUGAGGUAGAGCUGAGGAAAGUCCGAGAAAAGGAAAAAAAGAUUUAUGCUGGAAUGUUUGAUAGGCAUGCCAAAAAAGAAUAACAUUUUACAUGAUUGUAAAUACAUGUAAGUUUUAGACAAUUCAGAGCAUCAUAAAUUAUUUGAAACAUUAUUUUGUAAAGCAACCUACAUUCAUUUGUACAUUAUACACAUACAGUAUAUGCCAUUAAAAUGUUUUCAAUAGUUUGUCAAAAUUGGUAUUGUUUUGAUGAAUCUCCUAUUUCCAAUACUUUGGAGCUGUCCAGGGUUAGAUAUUUUGAAGAAUGUCAACAUUAUUUAAAAUGGUAACAAAAUUUCUGCAAUUGUCAGCAAAACUUCAUCAAAUUUAAUUCAAACUAUCCGAACUUUUCUUGAACCCAACCUCAUAAAUAUGUUUUAUCUUUUUUUUGAUGAACAGUUCUCGACUUCUGUUUUGUGCUUAGAUCAUAGUGCCGUCACAUUUGAUCAUAGAGUCACCAUCUUUCAAGAAUAAUUUGGCAGAGGAAUAUGGGGACUAAAAACUACUCUGAGAGCAGAGAAAGGGUCAGGAAUGCUCCUAAGAACUCAUUGCAGUAUUUUGGUUCCAGAAUUCUGGCUUGGGUUGUUUGAAAGGUGGAUGACACUAUUCACCGGAUAAAUCACUAUCCACUGGAUAGCAUAGUUUGUUUUGUCAACACUAGUAUCCAAUGGAUAACGAUUUAUCUGGUCUAUAGCGUUAUCCAGCCUUCGAACAAGCAGUGUCAGGGUUUUUUAAAGUCGUAAAUGAUGAUGAAAUCAGUAGUGUUUAUUAAUAUGUAAGGUAGGUAAAGUCUUUGUCAUUCCAAGUGGUCCAUAUAGCCGAACUUAUGACAGUUUCCAUAGAAUGAAGCAACUAGGAGUAUUUCUACAGCCCCCUGCCCGUUUUUGUUGUUUUGUUUUUGAAGGGUAAAGUAAAACACUGCUAGCAAACAAAUAAGCAUUCUAAUCACCUAGAAAGAGAGUUAAACCAUGGACAUUGCCUCAGUCUAAUUUUUUUUUUUUUCCCGGCUACGGCCCAACCUUGGAUGGGAUGCAAAUGACAGUCCAUCACAGGGUUACUCCCAACGUCUAAUUCGUCGGUACUUGUUUAUAAACCAGGCCCCUGUUGUUUGAAGUGUGGAUAACAAUAUCCACCUAAAUCACUAUUCAGUGAAUAGUGUAGUUUGUUUUGUCAACACUCCACUGGAUAGCAAUUUGUGUAGUGGACAGCAUUACCUACCCUUUGAAGAACUGGGUAAUAGAUGAAGAGAGACACUUUGAAACUAGAGCAUCUUGUGUUUAUUUUGUGACAAAUCCU